AUGGAAGGUGUUUUGUGGAAGUGGACCAACUAUCUGUCAGGUUGGCAGCCCCGUUGGUUCGUACUGGAUAAUGGUAUUUUAUCAUAUUAUAAAUCACAAGAAGAUGUUAACAAUGGUUGUAAAGGAUCCAUUAAAAUGUCAGCUUGUGACAUCUCAGUCCAUCAUUCAGACAGUACAAGACUGGACCUGAUAAUUCCUGGAGAACAGAGAUAUUAUGUGAAAGCUGCUAACUAUCAGGAGCGGCAGGCAUGGUUAGUGGCACUUGGUUCCUCAAAGGCAGCGUUCAAUAGUUCACAAAAUAGACCGGAAUCAGGAGAGAUGUCUCCAGAUAUUAUCAAAUACAAGAAAUCAGAACUACGAUUGUACUGUGAUCUAAUGAUGCAACAGGUCCAUAGCGUGAAAGAAAUUGCUACAGUGGAGGGUGGUACCAUCAAUCAAGAGAAACUAACAGAAGCAUCUCAUCUGUUAGGGGCUACUUGUGACACAUUCAUCCAGACGUUAGAAGACUGUAUGAAUUUAGUCAGUACCAUGCCAGUCUAUGAAAUGCCUCAUCAACACAUUAUGGAUUCAGCCAUUCCAUUAUCUCCUGCCCAUGGACGCAUCAAGAGGGGUAUAAUACCAACUCCAUCGCCACGACAACGCACGCAUUCAGACAGUUCUCAUUCCGAUACUCCUGGUCCUGAACAUUCCAUGAACGGACCGGUCCGAAAUCGUCCGUUAUUAAAGGAAGAAGAUGCCAUUCCUGAACAGCCAGUUGAAAUUGUAGUCACCAAGGUAGAUAACUCUGUCCAGUCCUCAACAUCCAAACAGACGGUCAGCUCUGAAGAUCUUGAUUCACCAGAAGAUUUCCAAGAUGCCAUCGAUUCCAAAAUCCCGACAUUUUUUUCUACUUUAAACCAAAGUUUUACGCCAGAAGACGUAAUGAGUCCAGAUGGUAUUAUAGUAUCAUUAUUUCUUGAAGCCUGUCACAAUAUUCUACCCUUAUUUGUAGAUAAAUUAAACAGUACAGCGUUCGCCCCUGUUAAAAUGGAUUUUACAGGCAAUAUAAGAAAAAUACGACAAAAAUAUUCCAGUAAACCUGAAGAGUUCACAACCCUACAGAGAAUUGUCUGCAAUGAAAUAAAAGCUAAUCAACACACCAGUUCUAAUUCAGCCACCGUGGCUAUCUUAUGGUUAAAUAGAGGUUUGGAAUUUAUCCGUGAAAUUUUGAGGGAAGUAAACAGCGGGGAAAUGGACCUAUCAAAAUGUGCGUAUGGAGCAUAUGACAGAACAUUGAAACCCUACCAUGGCUGGGUUGUUCGUGGAAUAUUUGCUGUUGCUGUGAAAGCUUUACCUUAUCGGGAUGAUUUUCUGACCCAUCUAGCUGUAACAGACUGUGACAUAAAAAGUCCAAUAUUCAUUCAUUCCUUACAAGAAGAUAUUGAAGAUUACGUGAAAAACCUGGACCAAACUAUUCAAGUUAUUCACCAGUUUUAUAAGGACCAUGAUUUGAAUAAUGAAGAUCCAAUUUAG